GGCGGAGCGACGCCUCCUCCUCAUUGGCAAAUAGGCGAAGCUAAGCUACGCUAGCCAGCUGUAGUCGGCGAGCUAGAAAAUUGUCCUUUCGCUCGACCAUCUCAUGAGUCUCUUGCCGUUAUUCCGAGCAGAUUGAGUGCUGAUGGACACCCCUGAGAGCCCCACACAGUCUCCACAGUCUCCAGAGGAGGAGGAGAAAGGUCUGUCAGACAGUGAGCUGCUGGAAUCUCCAGAGUCCCCUACUGAGGGGAACAAUGAAGUGUCUGACAGUGAGUUACUAAACGAUGAGGAAGGAGGAGGAGGAGGGGGAGAGUCAGACAUUGAUGAUGAAGACAAGGUUGAUUUGGGUGGGAGAGCUCCAGGAGAAAUAUCUGACCAAGACGAUGACAAGGUAGACGGGAUCGCGGGGAAAGAUGUACACCAGCAGGAGAAGUCAGGAACCAUUCUGAAAGGUGGGCAACACAUGAGCAGAUCUCCAGAGCGGGAAGAAGAAGAGGAGAUCUUGGAAACCCCUAGGUCACCAGACCCUGAAUCACCAGAGCCCGUACAUCAACAACCCUUCACCCUUGCUGAAGAAGAGCGUGGGGAAGCCAGCCAAGAAGAAGAAGAGGAGGGAGAGAAGACCACUGGCUUAGGCAUGAGUCGUCCAGAGUUGGAGGAGGAGGAUGAAGAGGAAAGGACACAAAGGAGGGUAAUGGCAGUCAGUGAUCUAAAAGAUGAAAACUCUUCUGUCUCCAGAGAGCUGGAUGAGCAUGAGCUGGACUAUGAUGAAGAAGUGCCUGAGGAACCAAAUAUUGGUGUUCCAGAGGAGGAUGACAUGGAGAAGGGUCCUGGUGCUGAGGACGGUGAAGCGAAUGAGGAGGAAAAAGACAACAAAGAGGAGGGGAAGAGGAAAAGAAGUGAAAGGAACCCUAUCCUCCCCCCAGACCAGGGCAACUCUGAUCUUAAGAAAUCUGAAGAGACAAAAGGCCAAGAAAGAGGCAGGAGGGAUUCCUUUCGUGAUAAAAAGAAAGAUGAAGAUGAUGGCGAGAUUGAUGAAGGAGAAAUUGAUGAUGAUGAUUUGGAAGAGGGAGAGGUCAAAGACCCCAUGGAUCGGAAGAUCAGACCUAGACCUAUCUGCAGGUUCUUUAUGAAAGGUAAUUGCACCUGGGGAAUGAUCUGUAGGUUUAUCCACCCUGGAGUGAAUGAUAAAGGCAACUACUCCCUCAUCUCCAAGCCAGACCCCUUCUCUGCAAAUGGAGCUCCUCCUGGAGGAGGAGGAGGAGGAGGAGCAGCAGCAGGAGGAGCAGCAGCAGGGGCAGGGGGCGCUGGAGGAGGCCCUCUCCCACUAAUGCCCUCAAACCCCUGGGGGGGUCCUGCCAUAGAGGAACUGCCACCUCCGCCCCUUCCUGCGGAGCCUCCAGUAGAGAGUGCUUGGGAGAGGGGCCUUAGACAUGCCAAAGAGGUUUUGAAGAAAGCUACAAUCCGCAAAGAACAGGAGCCUGACUUUGAAGAAAAGCGCUUCAACGUCACCAUUGGUGAAGAUGAGCGGGAAUUUGACAAAGAAAACGAGUUCUUCAGGGAUCGAGGCUAUCGCAUCACAAGGGAAAUUAGAGAUCCUGGUGAAAUUGAAUUCAGAGACCCUUUGUAUAGUGACCCAUAUGCUGAUCCUUAUUACGACUAUGAAAUGGAAGCCUUGUGGAGAGGGGGCCAGUAUGAGAACUUCAGGGUUCAGUAUACAGAGACCCCUCUGCCGUACCACUACAGCGAUCGAGAGCGUGAGCGAGACCCCCAUGAACGCCAUCGUGAAAGGGAGCGCGAGCGAGAAAGAGACCACCGCGAGCGAGAGCGCAGGCAGAGGGAGCGCGAGAGGGAAAGAGAACGUGAACGAGAGAAAGAGAGACAGCGCAGGAAGGAGGAGUGGGAGCGGGACCGGCUAAAACGAGAUGAAAAAGAAGGGCGACCUAGAGAGCGGCCGCUGCGAGAGCCACGGGAGAAAAAAGAAGAAAAGGACAAGCCUCUUAAAUCACGUUCACCCACUAAUAUGCCCCCCAGGGGGACAAUGGAGCCUCAGCCCAAAAAGGAGAUGGCCCCAAUGGUGAAACGACCAGAUGAGUGGAAGGAUCCCUGGCGGAGGUCCAAGUCCCCCAGACGACGGGCUGGGCUUAUGGGGUCUCCUCCCCGUGGACGCAGGCGACACCGGCCCUCCGGCUCCUCCGUGUCACUCUCUAACUCGUCUCGGUCUUCAUCACGGUCUUCUUCAUACACAGGCUCUGGUUCUUCGCGCUCAAGGUCAAGAUCUCGUUCCCGCUCGCGCUCCUCGUCGGUCAGCUCUUACUCCUCUCACUCCUCCCAACGCAGCUCUUUCACAGGAAGCCGAUCCAGGUCCAGAUCUUUCUCAUCAUCUCCCUCCCCCACACCCUCAGCUCAGAGGAAUGCCAACAAGAAUAAGGCAGAGCAGCCUCCAGGUCAUCUACUGAAGCCUGGUGUGCAGCCUCCUCCGCCUCCUCGCAGAGAUAAAGGGCCCCCCAAGAAGGUCCCCAGUCCCGCGCAGCCGGGCCAGCCAGGCAAACCCCCAAAACCAUUUGCAGAGGGAUCUAAACCCCCCAACAUCCGUGAGGGAGGCAGACCACCUCCACCCCGUGAACCAGGAAAACCCACCAAUGUGAGGGAGGGCCGCAAGAAAGAGCGCCAUCCUCACAAUCCUCGCAGGAGGACACUAAGUGGCAGUGUGAGUGGCAGUGGCAGCAGUUUUACUGGUACCAGUUCACGCUCCAGAUCUCGAUCAUCCUCUGCCUCUCUCUCUCGCUCCCGAACUGGAUCCCGUAAAUCCAGGUCUCUGUCAGUGAGCAGUGUGUCAUCAGUGUCGUCAGCUUCCUCCAGCAGCAGCUCAGUACGGAGCGCAGACUCUGAUGAUAUGUACGCUGACUUAGCCAGCCCUGUCUCCUCAGCCAGCUCUCACUCACCUACACCAGGCCAUGCACGCAAAGAGCGUGGGCCCCCUCGUGACCGCCCACCCCCACGUGAGCGGGAUCCUGACAAAGACAGAGGAAAAAUCCCAAAGAAAGACGAGACUUUUAAAGAGGAGAGGAAAAGGGUUGACCCCUCUGACCUUCCACCUAAAUCUGACCCUGGGGCGCCGAGGUCUGGCACUGGAAACCGGGGACACCCCAUGAAUGCACCACCUGCGGGUCCUCCAGGGGCUUAUGGAUCACAUAAAGACAUCAAACUCACUCUACUUAACAAGCAGCAGGCAGACAAAAGUAAUAGGAAGAGGUACUUCCCUGCAGACAAAGAGAGACCAACAUCCCCUGUCAGCAAGAGGAUAGCGUUGUCUCCUGAAAGAGGUCGUGACCGCAGGAUGCCCGGACGCCCACCACUCUCACCGAGAAUGGAUCGGCCUAGAGGCCAGGGACCACGGCCCAUGCCCACUCCAGGAGAGAGUAGGAAGCGUCCUCUGUCUCCGCCAUCUAAGUCUACUGGGAAAGGCCCUGCAGUCUCUACAGCCAAGCCCGCUGCUCCCGUCCCAGGCUCCGGUUCUGCUUCUGGCGCUGGAUCUGGCUCAGGAAAACCCAGCAGCACACUGUCCCGCCGCGAGGAGCUGCUGAAGCAGCUUAAGGCUGUGGAAGAUGCCAUUGCCCGCAAGAGAGCGAAGAUCCCUGGGAAAUAAACAAAAGGCCAGACCUCUCAUGGGUCACCCAAGAACACAGAGGGUACUCUGGACGUGGAUUUCACGUCAGAGGUAGAGAGGAGGUCUAGGUUUUAUAUUGCAGCACAGUAGUGGGGUGACAGUUGGACACAGCUCGUCUGUUUUUGCAACAAGAUGGAAUCUUUACUGUAGUGUCUCUAGGCAGAAGAACAAGUACACUUCUUUUUUUUUUUAUAUAUAUAAAGCUUUCUCUCUUUUGCUUCAAUUUUUCUUCUCUGCCCACUUGCCAUUAUUUCAUUCAUAGCCUGUAUUUUGCUCUGCCAUUCUGACAUGAGGCUACAGAUCACUCUACGUUUUGACCAUCCUGGACUCAUAGGUAGAAACUGCUCUACUCGGACCUCAGCUUUACUGUGGUCCAUUCUCGCCCAGUGAGCUCUUUGUCGAGUUCUGUAUGUUCAGCAUUUCCUGACUGUGUCUCGCCAUGUACAAAUAUUGUUAACCUGAUGACAAAAACCACCUGUCUCUCAAAGUGUAUGAAUCUCGAGAACAAAUGAAACUGAUGUGAAGUAUUGCUUUUAUAAUAUCUGCAUUUAUUUUUUUUGUUUUGUUUUGUUUUGUUUUUUUGGCUCCCCUAGCUCUUCACCUUAAAUAAUGUAUUUUAUUUUGUCCCUCAUUUUUAGUUGAGUGUGAGAGGCUGUCGUUGGGACACUCAGCGAUAAGGAAGAAUUCCGUCUCGCUUUUUGUGACAGAAAAGCUUCUAAAUAAACUAUUUUGAUAAAGAGAUAA